AUGGGCCGGGGCAAGAUGUUAAAGGUGCUCUGUCUAGAACAGCGCCAACGCCAAGAAAAGUUUGAUCCUGGGGACUCCGAAGGUGCGGUGCUCAAGCUAGACGGUAAGACAUCGGUCCUUGGCAAGAGUUCCACUAAGGAAACGUGGAUUGGUCAGGCGGAUAAAGCUGUGUCUUCCCCAUAAGUUCCAGCUUUUUGUGGGGGCAAGGGUACACUCACCACAGCCAUAUCUGAUUCUGCUUACCUAGUAAAAGUUCUUUGUUUCUUUGCACUCUUGAUGACUCUGGUCACUCUACUCAUCCUGGUCUGUAAAGUAACCAUAGACAAGGGCAACAAGAACAGAGAGCCAGACUCAAGAAAAGAGCCAAUACUGCUGGCAUGAAGGUGUACAGUUCUUGGUGGAGACAAUGUUGAGGUGAGGAUCUAGAGACCUAAGAGGCAGAACAUUCUUGGCACCAUCUUAGAGCCUAGAGCCCAAGAAGGAAGAGCUGCUUUAGUUAUCCAAUUCCCCCAAUGUCAGAUGCUUCC